AUGAUUAAUAUAUCAAGAUUAGCUGGAUAUAAUAAACAAGAUAUAAAAAACAUUUUAUUAUUAUUACAAGAAUUUGUUAUAACUUAUAAAGAUAAUAAAGUUAAAAUAAAUUAUCAAAGUAGACCUGUUAUAUUAUUUUUUAGUACAUUAAUUGCAACAGCUGGUUUUGGUUUAUAUUUUACUAUUAGAAAUAUUAUUACAAAAUAUAAUGAAUAUAAUUUAACAAAAAGAUUAAGAAGACCAAGUUUAAUUAGACAAUCUUCAAAUAUUUUAAGGAAUGGUUCAAGAGAAAUUUAUAUACCAAAGGGUAAAGGUAAAGUUACAAGAAUAAUUAUCCCAAAACCAAAUAAUGAUCAAUAUGCAGCAGAUAAAUAUUUAUAUAAAGAUUUCGUAAAAUCUCAAAAUAUUAUACAACAAAAAGGUAUAAUUUUUAAUUCAAAAUUUUUAAAUCAAUUAGCAAUUAUAUGGAGAAUAUUAAUACCUAAAUUUUAUUGUAAAAAUACUUCAUUAUUAUUAUCUCAAUGUUUUUUUUUAAUUUUUAGAACUUGGUUAUCUUUAUUAGUUGCAAAAUUAGAUGGUCAAAUUGUUAAAAAUUUAAUUGCUGCAAAUGGUAAAAAAUUUGCUCGUGAUUUAAUUUAUUGGUUAUUAAUUGCAUUUCCUGCUUCUUAUACUAAUGCUGCUAUAAAAUAUUUAGAUCAAAGAUUAGCUUUAGGUUUUAGAACUAAUUUAACAAGAUAUAUUCAUGAUAUGUAUCUUGAUAAAACUUUAGCUUAUUAUAAAAUUGAAUUAAAUAGUAAUGAAAUUCAAAAUAUUGAUCAAUAUAUAACUGAUGAUGUUUCAAAAUUUUGUUCAUCAUUAAGUUCAUUAUUUUCAUCAAUGGGUAAACCAUUUAUUGAUAUGAUAUUUUUUUCAGUAUAUCUUAGAGAUAAUUUAGGUAGUGGUGCUAUAAUUGGUAUGUUUGCAAAUUAUUUUUUAACUGCUAUAAUGUUAAAAAAAGCUACUCCAUCAUUUGGUAAAUUAUCAGCUAAAAAAACUCAUCUUGAAGGUGUUUAUUUCAAUCAACAUUUAAAUUUAAUGACAAAUUGUGAAGAAAUUGGUUUUUAUAAAGGUUCAUUAAUUGAAAAAUCAAAAUUAAAAGAAAAAUUUGAAACUUUAAUGAAUCAUAUAAAUAAAGAAAUUAAUACUAGUUUUUGGUAUGCUAUAUUGGAAGAUUAUGUAUUAAAAUAUACUUGGUCAGCUUGGGGUUAUAUAUUUGCAGGAUUACCAGUGUUUUUAGAUGAAUUAUGGCCUGCUGAAAAUAAAAAAGAUGAAAAAGAUGAUCCUGCAAGUGAACGUAAAAAUAUGAGACAAUUUAUAACAAAUAAAAGAUUAAUGUUAUCAUUAGCUGAUGCAGGUUCAAGAUUAAUGUAUUCAAUAAAAGAUGUAAAUACAUUAACUGGUUAUACUGAAAGAAUAUUUGAUUUAUUAACUCAAUUACAUCGUGUACAUUCACCAAGAUUUGAUUAUGGUGAUAAAAAUGGUAUACAAGAUAUUCAUGGAACAAUUCAAAAUAAUUAUUCAAAUGGAUUAAGAUUUGAAAAUAUUUCAGUAAUUAUACCCACUAGUGAAGGAUCUGAAAAUACUCCAUUAAUUCAAAAUUUAAAUUUUCAAAUUAAAAAUAAAAAUAUGUUGAUCUUGGGAUCAAAUGGUAGUGGUAAAACUUCCAUAGCAAGAAUAAUAGCAGGAUUAUGGCCAUUAUAUAAAGGAUUAUUAUCAAAACCAAAUGAUGAUGAUAUUUUCUAUUUACCACAAAAGACAUAUUUUACAACUGGUAAUUUAAGAGAUCAAAUAAUAUAUCCAUACACAUAUGAUGAAAUGUUAGAAAUGGGAUAUAAUGAUGAUUAUUUAUAUCAUAUUUUACAUGAAGUUAAAUUAGAAUAUUUAUUAAAAAGAGAAGGAAAUUUUAAUGUUGUAAAAGAUUGGAAAGAUGUUUUCAGUGGAGGAGAAAAACAAAGAAUAAGUAUAGCAAGAGUAUUAUUUAAAAAUCCAAAAUUAGUAAUAUUAGAUGAAAGUACAAAUGCAGUAAGUACUGAUGUUGAAGAUUAUUUAUUUGAAUUAUUAAAAUUAAAAAAAAUUCCAUUUAUAACAUUAAGUCAUAGACCUUUAUUAAUGAAAUAUCAUGAUUAUAUUUUAGAAAUUGAAGAUGAUACAAAUUGGAAAUUACAUGAUUUAACAAGUGAAGAAAAUUUAAAACUGAUUGAUAAAGAAAUUGAAGAAAUUGAAAUGAAAUUAUCUCAAGUUAAUAAAUGGGAAAAAAGAAGGGAUGAAAUUAUUCAAUUUUUAGAUGGUGAAGAUCAACCACAACAAAAAGAACAAGAGCAAGAACAAAAACAAAUUGAAGAUGUCACCAAUUAA